AUGCCGGUGCCACUAUACACCUGUGGCUUGGCAAAAGUCGGCUACGAUGAGCCUUUCCACGAACUGGAUGUCGAGCUGAGGCAGAAAGGUGCCCACGAAGUGCAUGUUUCCGGCGGAGAGGCCAGCGAGGUCCUGUUGCGCCUGACUGGCGGAGCCUGCAGCGAUACAUCACCAUACGGACAGCUCACAGAUCACGACUCGAACGCAAUACACAAGAACAUCAUUGUCGGCCUUCCCAGGGCGCUCAUGAUCUUUCAAGGACAGCAUGAACUUCUUUGCGUGCUCGAAAAUAUUCUAAAGAACCUGACGGAAGGUUUUGCACCGUCCGGCUCGGUCCAGUGGUCAUCGUUCGCGACGAAAGAUCUUCACUCUGCCGGCCAUGAAAUUUCGUGGAACUAA